GUAGAACUUCGCUGACUUCCUGUUCCGCUGGUACAUGGAGAAAGGCAAGAGAGGGAAGCUGCUGUCUCAGCCAAUAGCAACGCACCAGCAGCUGGCCAGUUUCCUGCAGGCUCACGAUCACCUCAGCUGGCUGCAUGACAUACAUGUGCAAGACUAUCAGAGAGCCCAUCGUACCCUGUACAGUCAGGCCAACAUGGAGACACGAUACUUCAGCAAGAAGAAGACCCUGCUGGCCCUCAGCAAACUCACGGCUCUGGCGUCAGACAUGCCUGAAGCCGUGCACCGCAGACAGCUCAACGAUAUAGUGGAACAGGAGAGGUUUCUGCUUCAUCAGGAGACUCUUCCUAAACAGCUGCUGGACGAGAAGCAGCUGAACCCAGACAGCAUGCCUCUACUGAGCCCUCGUAACCUCAUUAAUCUGUACAUCUGCGAGGAGAACCGUGGAGCCAACGAGUACGACUUCAAGAAAGCUCUCGAUCUGCUGGAGUACUUGGAGGAGGAGGAUAGGGUUGAUCUCGAUGCCCUAAAACGAGAGAUCUUCAGUAAAGCCUUAAAGAAAGACUGGAAGGAGAGUUGGUCAUCGUCUGAUGAUAAUGACGAUCCUCUAGAAGCAGCCAGAGACAGCACUUUCAUCAAGAUCCUACUGAAACUCAUCCAGGAAGGUGUUUCUCUGCAGUCGUACCUGCCUGACGUGAAGGAUCUUCUGCAGGAAGACGAGCUGGAGAGUCUCAAAUCAAAACCGUACUUUGAGUUCCUCCUGCGAGCCAAUUAUGAGCACUACCAGAAAGCUCAGAUUUGACAUUACUUACUGUUUCUGCUUACUGUUUCCUUGUUAAUAUUCCAACUUUUUUUUGUACCGUUUCAAAAAAUAUAUAUAAUAAUAAUUACAUGAACCAACGCUUGAAUUUUCUGAAUAAACUGUAUUUCUGUAAUUGACGACAGAC